CACCUUUCAGCACGCUAUGAAUCGGAUAUUCCAUGACUACUUGGAUAAGUUUGUCGUCGUGUACCUCGAUGACAUACUUAUUUUUAGUAAGACUGUCGAGGAGCACGUUGCACAUUUGGACAAAGUCCUCAGUCUCCUGCGACAGCACAAGUUCAAGAUCAACGGUGAGAAAUGCGAGUUUGGCCGCACCCGUGUCCUGUACUUGGGUCAUGAGAUCUCCGCGGAAGGGUUGAAGCCCGAUGAUACGAAGGUGGCCAGCAUUCGUGAUUGGCCACGUCCUCAGUCUGUGACUGAGAUGAGAUCUUUCUUAGGAAUGACAAGCUACUAUAGGACUUUCGGUAAGAACUAUAGCAUAGUGGUCGCUCCUUUGACUGAUCUGACCCGCCUUGACACCCCAUGGGAGUGGACAAAUAAGUGCGAGGCUGCUUUCAGACACCUGAAGCAUGCGUUGACGCACUAUGAAGUCUUGAAACUUCCUGAUCCUGAUAAGCCGUUCAUAGUCACCACGGAUGCCAGCCAAUAUGGCAUUGGCGCCGUGCUCGCGCAGCAGGAGGGGCCAAAGUUGAGGCCAGUAGAGUACAUGUCCAAGAAAAUGYCGUCUCAGAAGUUGGCUAAAUCCACUUAUGAGAAGGAACUCUAUGCGGUGUACAAGGCACUCACCCAUUGGAGACAAUAUCUCCUUGGGAGGUUCUUCAUCCUCAGGACUGAUCAUCAGACCCUGAAAUGGAUGAGAACCCAGCCGGUACUCUUUGAUGCUCUCAAGCGUUGGAUCGAAGUCAUUGAGCAAUAUGACUUUGACCCUCAGUAUCUAAAAGGGGAGUACAACAAGGUUGUUGAUGCCUUGUCGUGCAGACCGGACUUCUCAGGUGCGCUGAUUACUGAGUUCGAUCUGACGGACAAUGUUACUCAGUCGUUGUUUGCGGAAGAUAUCAAUGCGAAGCCUGUCUGGGUAUUCAACAAUGGUAUUAGUCACACUGAUGAGGUAGCGACUUGGAUGAUUAAGCCAUUUGUUGAGGAUGUCUUGGAGGCCAUUGAGUUCGCCAAUGGCCCCGUGUCGAGCACAUGGGGAUCUCUGCGUGCGAAGAUGGGACAUCCAGAGCCAUUCAAUCUUGAGUACGUUGCGGUUGGAAAUGAAGACUGUGGCAAGUAUUUCUACCGAGGUAACUAUUUGAAGUUUUAUGAUGCGAUCAAGAAGGAGCAUCCAUAUAUGAAGAUCAUUUCCAAUUGUGAUGCAACAGUUGCGCCGCUGGAUCACCCAGCUGAUCUUUUUGAUUUCCAUGUAUAUACAUCAUCGGCACAACUCUUUCAGCUGACGGACAACUUCAAUUCGUACCCUCGCAAUGCUGUUAAGGCCUUUGUCAGUGAAUAUGCUGUUGUUGGCCCUGAUGCUGGUAAAGGAAGCUUGCUGGCGGCUGUAGCAGAGGCAGCUUUCAUGACUGGGCUGGAGAAGAACAGCGAUGUUAUAGAAAUGGCCAGUUAUGCGCCACUGUUUGUGAACGCACACGAUCGAAGGUGGAAUCCAGAUGCUAUCGUCUUCGACUCAUGGCAGCAGUACGGAACGCCAAGCUAUUGGGUCCAGCACAUGUUCCGCCGCACCGGCAGAUCGACGUAUCGUAUCGCGUACGACCUUGAAUCGAACAAAACGUGGUCAGCUAGACGUGUCACUGCCUCGGUGACGCGCUCAUUCUGUCCCGACCUGCAAAUGGACUGCAUUAUCGUCAAGCGUUAUUGAAAUUCGUUACCACUGCGAACAUAUGUGGUUGAGCAUUCAUAAUCUAUCUGUUGUUUCCCGCCAGGCUUAUAACUGGCUACGAUGUGC